UCCUAUUGCUUUUGGGUGUUUUACACGGCAGGUGCUGUAGACGAGACCAGUUCGUUCCGUACAACCCAUCGUCUCCCAUUUCUCUCUGAUAGAGAAGAGAGAGGAAAAUGACGGAGGGUGACCAUCCUCGUCUCAUCCUCCCUUCUUUUCUCUCUUCUUCUCUCUGCAAGGUUCUCCCUCCCUCUCUCCCUCUCUCCAAAUCCUCUAAAAUUGCGUCUCAUCCUCCUUUUCUCUCUUCUUCUCUCUGCAAGGAGCUGGAAUUCAUACACAAGAGCAGCAGCACCGUCGGAUACAGGCCCAGCGUCUUCUCCACCACUCUCUCUCAUCUAAUCGCUACCAACUCUCCCCAUCUCCUCCUUCCUUUCCUCCCCAUCCGAGAGAGGCUAAAAGAGAGAGUGGAGGAGUUCUUUGGGUGUGACUAUGAGCUAUUUGUGGAAUUUACCGGUCUCAUCAGUUGGUGUAGAGGAGCAAGUAUUGGGUGGCACAGUGAUGACAAUAGGCCCUAUCUAAAACAAAGAAGCUUUGCGGCAGUCUGUUAUCUUAAUAGUCAUGGAAUGGACUUCAAAGGUGGAUUGUUCCACUUCCAUGAUGGAGAUCCUGCAACCAUUGUUCCAAUGGCUGGAGAUGCUUUGAUAUACACAGCUGAUAGUCGCAAUAUUCAUUGUGUAGAAGAGAUAACUGAUGGCGAAAGACUUACACUGACAUUGUGGUUCACCCUCGAUCCCUCCCAUGAUGAGGACCCCAAACUUAUUUCCCUUUUAUCUCAAAGACUCUUGAGCCAUGACAGACCUGAUUCCUACCUGCCUUCUCCGGCAUCCAGUAACAUGUACUGGUUUUCUUCAGACUCAGCAUCUGACCACCAACUGGGUUUUGACAUACGAUGGGCAAGAGUAUGUGCCCUUGGUUACAAUUUCUAUACUUCUGAUGAUAGGAUUGAUAGUUCAAUAUCCGGUUCAUCAUUUGAUCCCUUGGAGCUACUCAAUGGGCCAUUACAACUAGCAAGGGAAGAUGAGAUAUUCGAGAAGGAAUUUGUCAACAGUCUGCAUGCCCUGCAGGUGGUGCAGUUUUACUACUGGAGAGCCUCAGAACUGCAGGAAAUGAAAGGGAGGAGAGAAACUAAUGAUGCUGUGAAACUAAUCCAACCAUCGUCUCGUAAAGGUUUCAUGUCUACAGGCAACUAUCAGCUUGCAGAAAUGAUCAUUGGCCACUCAUCUUGCAAUGACGAUAAGCGGCCCACUUUUGAUUGGGUUGAUUUUGCUGCUGCAAUUGCGAUUUGGGAAGAUUACGUCCACAGAUUAUGUAGGGAAUUGAUGAUUAGCAUACCAUACUGGAAGACCCACCAAAGUAUUUUCACUGUUUCUCCUGAUGGUGUUUAAGAGCUUGUGGUGAUAGACUAGAUCUUAUUUAUUUAUUUUUAUUUUUAUUUUUAUGGCAACAAAUAAGCUUUCUUAUUUAACAAAGUUAAUUUGGUAAGCACUUUCUUAAAAUAUCUUAUUUAGAUUAAACUUGCUUAUGACCAUAAGUAAAAAGUUUUUUGCUUUUUCA